AUGGCCUCCACCCCCACACCCUAUCUCACAUCAAUAUUGAAUGCCAACACUGUUAACAGUUGUGAAGCAGGUCUCAUACAGGUUUCUAGAUCUAUCGGUGAUGUAUAUUUAAAAAAAGCUGAGUUCAACAGGGAGCCUUUAUAUCCCAAAUUUCGCCUUCGGGAACCUUUCAAAAAGCCAAUAUUGAGUGCAGACCCAUCGAUAUCAGUGCACCAGCUGCAGCCACAUGACCAAUUCGUGAUAUUUGCAUCUGAUGGGCUCUGGGAGCACCUAAGCAAUCAAGAAGCUGUUGAUAUAGUUCAAAAUCAUCCACGAAGUGGAAUUGCAAGGAGGCUUGUCAAAACUGCUCUACAAGAAGCAGCAAAGAAGAGAGAAAUGAGGUAUUCAGACUUGAAGAAGAUUGACCGUGGUGUCCGGCGGCAUUUCCACGAUGACAUUACAGUAAUUGUGGUGUUUCUCGACUCAAACCACGUGAGCAGGGCUAGCUCAGUUAAGGCUCCUAAUCUAUCUGUUAGAGGGGGAGGAGUUAACUUGCCUCCUAAUACACUGGCUCCUUGUACCACGCCAACAGAAGCUGGCAGUACCUGA